AUGAAGCAUGGUGAAACAAUCAACACUACGUAUGGCGCCGGCGUCAUUCAACACUAUCGAGAGUUGGAUGGAAUGUACGUUGUGGACAUGCCGUUCGGUGCACUCUACGCAAACCGAGAGGCACUGCAGACGCCAGAACACUGUAUACCUUUGACAGCGAUUAAAAAGCCCAAAAACGACACCACCAUGGAGCUGAAUGUGGCUUACGAAAGUUUGGAGAAAAUGCGUCAGCUGAACCUGGAAGUUACUUGUCAAGAGCAAGGUAUUUUGUUCAAAGGCGACUCGCUUUCGACUACAUGCACAAACCCAGCGAUGCAAGUAACGUCUCCGCAAUAUUCCAAAACGGUCGCUUUCCAAGAAUUCGUCGGCUGGUCGAUCAACAGCAACGCGGUAAAAUCGGGCACGCCCUGCUUGAUUUGUAGCGCACCGGCAUGUCGCUCCCACGCGUCGAAAACAUUUGGCGGCGAAGGAAUCACGGUAUGUCUAGAAUGCGAACGACUAUUUUCGAUGGAUUACGUGAUUGACUGUUUGGCGGCUCCAGAUAAAGAAACACGGCGUACACAGAUAGGCCAAAUGAUUGAUCUGUACGAUCGAGUGAUUCUGUUACUCAAGUAUUCUGCGCAGUUCAUUGCGACCGUGGCUACCAGUUUAGAGGAAACCACAGAACGACAGAAUAAGGUAGGUGUCGGUAGCAGUAGUGCCGGAAUGGUAUCGGGCGUACUUGGUGUAGCUGCCGCGGCGACAAUUUUUACACCGGCUGGACCGCCAUUGCUUGUGGCUUCUCUACUAUUCGGUGGCAGCGCUACUGUCGUGCAAACCGGAACCGAAGUCCGCAACUAUUACUCCGAACCCAAGAAAUUGGCGGACCGUAUUAUUGCGCUACACGGUAUGGUACACGCUAUUUUGGCCGUGACGGGAACGUUGCGAGACGCAUUGACACGAGAUCAUAUUCGAACUGACAUGUACGACGGACCAUCUUCAUUCACGGCUCACGCGAGCCGCAGCUUGGCAGCUGAACGCCAAGCCCAAGCGGAAACACGUGCCAUGGCUGGCAUGACGGCAGGACGGGCUGGUGCCGCCGGAGUGGAGCUCGGUAGUCUGGCAACGGCGACCGAAGCUGCCACCGUCGGUCGAAGCGCGCGCUUCUUUAGUAAAACGGGGACGGGGAUUAUGAGGACGGCGCGUUUCGCACGUUUUGCCGGCGGUGCCUUGUCCGCAGCGACACUCUUGCUUGAAGCGCGGGCACUUACCACCACGAUGCAGCACAUGGCCAAUGGAAACCCUUGUGAGAAAGCGGACACUUUGCGGGCAAUUCAAGAUGAGCUGCUGGAUCUGCCAUGCAGCACAGCUUUGGAGCGUGAGUGUGAGCAAUACUUGGAGGCAAUGGAAAAACGUCAGCAUCGUAUGACGGAGCAAGAAGCAGUUGAACUUUUGGUGGAAACUUACAAAGCUCCGACUCCAAUGGAGUCCGGAGAUGAGUCUCUUACUUUGUCUGAUGGCGAGAAAGACCCGGCGAUUGCCUGUGAAGAAAGCGCCUCUACUUCCGUGUCGGUGCCACUACCGAAGCGUAUAUCAUUGUACAAGGAACCUGGCCAUCAGUCGCCCACACCCGGAGAAAGCGACGAAACCUCUUCUUACCCUAUGAAUCGUACCAGUUCCCUGUCUGGGUCUUUACUUGAACGCAUUGAGUAUUUCAAGCAACGGUGCGCAGGCCCGGCUGGGCGCAAUAAAGACAUCGACAACACUGCAGACCUCGACACAGAGAGUAGCACGCUUUUUUGA